AUGGCCGCCGAACCGAACGCCCCAGGUCAUAACAAACAAUACUAUGAAGAGGAAGAACAUCUUUUGAUUUCGCUCAAGCAGCUGGGGGGACUCUCAUGGCCAGAAAUUGCGCUCAGAUUCAAUGAAAGUGUCCCGGACGACCGACACAGAACUGCAUCGGCCCUAGAGAAUAAGUGGCGGCAGCUACGAAAGACCCACCACUUGGUCGACAUUUCCCACAUGUUCUUAGAGCAGGAGUAG